GAGUUUAGGCUGCGCCGACCCCUCAGCCCCCCUCCAGUGCCUCCCAAAUUUGCAAUCCCACCCUGUCCGGAUGUGGCAACUGAGGCUUCCCGGGGACGCUUGCCCCAGGUUAUCUGAGAACUAGUCAGGCCCGUCCUGAGAAUGACCAAGAAGGUGACCUGGGGCGGGGGAAUCAUUGAUUCAAUCAUGCCGCUCUCCAGGAGACGUUCGGAGCCCAGGACAUGUCGGCAUUGAGGAGAUACGAGGUGUCGCUGGAGGCGGAGGAGGAGAUCUACUGGGGCUGUUUCUACUUUUUCCCCUGGCUGCGAAUGUGGCGGAGGGAGCGGAGCUCAGCGCACCCGGGGGAGCAGAAGCUGGAGCCUCUGCGGGGCCUGAUGAGCUGUCUGUCGAGCGGCCUGGGCCCUGCUCCCCAGCGCUCCGGUCGUGCGAGCCUCCCCCGCCGCACUCCCUCCGCCGCUGCCCAUCCAGCCGGUGCAUUAAAGAUUUAAAUCGAAGCUCA